UCGAGUUGUCACUCUCCGUUUACUGAUUCCACCCGCCGGGAAAUGUAAUCCCUAGGCUUUCUUUUAAAGACCAUUACCGCAAUUUGACACGGACAUAAGUCGUUAAAAUGGCGUCGUGAUCCAUGUAAUUUUAGAAUGAAAUGCGUCGAACAACGAAAAUCAUUUUUUUCAUUACUCUUGGUGUUAAUUUUACAAAACAUCAGGUGCCCCAUCUUAUAAAAAGGUUGGGACACCUCACCGUCUGAUAAAAAGUCGUUAACAUUUUAGAAUUGGUCUACGCAGCCCUGUGAAAGGACAAAAUAUCAAUUUCAUACCAUGACUGGUCAUUUGAAAUUGAGCUUGGUUUGAAAAUGUGAAUGACAAUGUGAAACAUUCAAAGAAUGCCUACCAAAAAUCGCAACAUUUUCGUUUGUAUCCUCAUAUUGAUCACCUGCAUUGCAGAACAUGCAACAUGUUUGAUGGACUUCCCAACAGAACUAAGAGAUCAACAAUUCCAUUUCAAAAGCAAUGAAGGAAAUGGCAACUUGUACUUCUAUACAUCUCAUUUUUUAAUAAUACCGCCGAUCACUAUUGGUGUUUCGCAGCACCGAUUGUGGGACUUUAUUGCCAGCAAAACAAAUUUUAUGGCUUUCAGAAGUCAAAACAAAGUGACCAUUAACUCGGAGGAAAAAUACAUAUACAAAUGCUGGUUGUACAAGAGGGAGAAUUCAUCUCUUUACUUCUAUUUUCCUAUGACAAGCAUAUAUGAAGGACAGAGAGUGUAUCCAUCGACUGAUGAAAACCUCGAUAUUUGUGACUUCUGUACGCAUACUGACACCGAGUUAUACGUUCUACAUAAAAAUGAAGUACCGUGCGGAUGCACUCCCAAGUGUUCAGAGUUGACCAUUGAAAACAGUUGCACGGGGAAAAACUUUGAUACAUCAUCGAUUAAUUGUUUGAGUGAAACUUCUUCGGCAAUAACAACAACCAUUCAAGAAGCAUCAACGAAAGAAUACUCUGAGGAUAAAUCAUUGACAACGUCCCCUACAUUAGAAAGUGAUAAAACAACAGCAGCUUCAACACAUUUAGAUGUAGAAUCAACAACGCUAUUAGAAGAUACAGCGCAAGCAACAAUUACAGCAAAAUCAAUAACAGCAUCAUCAACGACAUCAGAAACAACAACCAAAUCAACAUCAGACAUAUCAACCGCAGCGAUAACCAGACCAACUUUAACAACAGAAAUAACUGUGCCGCCAACAACAAAUUCGGUAGAAGAAAAUACAGAAAUUAAAACAACAGAAAAGGUACAUAAUCAAGAGAACCCAAACGUAAGCACAACCAAACAAUCAACUAACUUAGGAAUUGAUCCAGAUGCACUUGUUGGAAUAGUAUCUGGUAGUGUGGUGUUUGUUUAUCUGGCAGCAGCCACGAUUGGUUGUGGAUGCUGUUUGUUUAUUUUAGGAAGAAGGAAAAGAAGAAAAAAAGAGAAAGAAUCACAAGAAAAUUUGGUUUCCAAUGAAGUGUCUACAAGUCAAAACAGUUUUAAACCCUCGGUGAAGUUCCCAUCAGUGUUUGAUCGUAUUGAUGAAUGAUACUGAUAAUCACAUUGUAUUCCUUUUUUAUGAAAACACUAAAAUACAUUAUUAAGUUCCUUCAUAAAUCUUACAGUAGACUGCUUAUUUUAUUUUUUAACGAGUAUAACUGUUUACAGUUAUGAGCAGCCACUGUUUAAUUUCGAUAUAUUGUAACGUUUUACCUACGGAUUUCUUUUUAUUGAUGUACUGUCAAUUUUAU